CAAUAGCAUUGACAUCACCGGAGGCGCAUUUGUACGCGGUCCCCUCGUCAUUCCGUCCGUGUUGCCUCUGUAGCUUUCUCUUCUCCCUCCCGAGUCCCACUUACCUACCCUUUUAAAAAACUAGGCGCGAUUUUUUGAUUCCAGAGGUCCUCUUUUGGUAGAAUCUCUCUCUAGCUAGUUCGCUGGCGCAGCGUCCGAUGGGCGCAGUAGCCACCAGGACAGCAUGCGCCUGCGGCUGCGAAGCAGACGAUGCUUUCCUCUGCCACGCCCGCGAUGUCUCCGUGCAUUCCACGAAUCCGCUCGAUUGCAGUCACUGCCGCAUCCGCAUAAGCACCGCUUCGUCGUCACCAUCCUCGUCGUUGCAUAUUUGGGAGGAUGAUGAUUUGCACGAGCAAGGAAAUCCCGAGUGGCUCCACCUCCAUGGUUUUAUGUGCAAGCCUCGAACCCUUCGACGAGGCCGGAAGCCGAGCAAUAGAACUGCCAAAGAAGAGGGUAAUCUUAAUGUAGUGCCGGGCUUCGAGGAGGACGACAUGUCAGCGGAGGAGAACCUCCAAUCCACCAAGGUGGUACAGCAGCAACGGAUGAUUCACUGCGUACCGAUCUUCGACCCUGCUGUCCUGGUCGAGUUCUUCUCGCAGCUUCAUCCUCAGCUAGAGGCAAUCGAAGAGAAUGACUCCUCGAGAGCAGAGGUUCAGGUUGUAAAGCACGACCAAAUGGCCUCCAUGGGCCGCCUUGAUUACUGCUUGGACCUCGAGAAGCUUGAGCCGGACAUGGAAACCUUGCUCGGAGUUGGAUGCGACGGAUACGCUAAAAAAGAUGAAUACAGGGCAUCUGCCGACGGCCCAGGUGAGACGACGAGGAGGAUGUUACUGAGAUUGGACUACGAUGCUGUCAGUGACGCAUGGUCGUCCAGUAACAUCGGGUGCUCUCCGUGGACGGACGGUGAAAGGCCGCAGUUCGAAGACACAUGGCGAGACUUUUUCGCGGUACGAUAUCAGGUCAAUGGAAGAGGAGAUCAUGAGGGGGCCGGUGGAGUGUACCGGCUGGACCGUGGGGUGGUGGGCGUGGAAGGGAGGGAGGCGCGGGUGUGGAGGUACCGGGAGAAGCGGCGGACAAGGCUGUUCUCCAAGAAGAUCCGAUACGAAGUGAGGAAGCGAAACGCAGAGAAGAGGCCAAGGAUGAAGGGCCGCUUCGUCGGAGUGCAGAAGUAGCAGCGCCACCAGAUUAAUUCCUUUAUUACCCUGCCGGUGAAAUUCCAUUAGUGGAAAUUGUAUUUUAUGAUUGAUAUCCAUAUGAUAAAUGUUUAGGCAAGUAACAGAGAGGCUAAUAUUCCUUUAAUCUUAUCUUUUUGU